AAAUGUCUCCCCAGAUCGCUAACUAGUGCUAUUUUACCGGAGAAAACAGCGAAUAAAUAGAUCAUUUACACCAUCUUUUCUUGUAGUUGUGGUGUCGGUUUAUACACGGUUUAUCGGCUGCAUUCUUCCUUCGCCAUGUCGACGAAAGCAGAGUGCAGAGUGUCGAGCUCCACUUCCAGAACAGACGAGCGGAGGAGAUCAAGGAGCAGAGGACGAGAGAAAAGGAAACGGAAACGCAGCCGGAGUCGAUCUUCUUCAUCAUCGUCUUCCAGUUCAUCGUCGUCGUCUUCAUCUUCCUCAUCGUCCUCUUCCUCCUCUUCAUCGUCUUCAAGUUCAUCACACUCGUCCAGCCGCAGUCGGAGUAGCUCCAGCAGUAAAGACUCUCGAAGUAAAUCCAGAAAGCAGUCCAAGAAAAGGAAAAAGGAAAAACACAAAAAGAAAGGGAAGAAAGAGAAGCGGCAUAAACGUAAAAAAGACAAGAAAGCAAAAGGAGGAGAGGAAAACUCGGGACCUGUUCAGAUCUCCAAGUACUUGAAGGACCGAAAAAAAGGAAAGUACAGUAUGAUUUCAGGGAAGAAGAUCAAGAUGAAAGUAAAGAAGUCAAAGAAAGACAAGCAGCGGGAUAAAAAUCGAGCAGAGCUUCUUGAGUUCUUGAACUCUACCCUGUGAUGCCGCUGCGGACGCCGGUCCUGUUGGUCGGACGCAGACACGUCAGCAGAACUCAGGAAACAACAACUCAGCUUUCCGAGAGAACAAAAACGAAGAGUUUUCUGAGGAAGCGAUGAUAAAUAUAACCUGCGUCGCCACAGAGGGGCAGCACCGGGCUGGAUGGAGCUGCAGCACCGUGAGCUGCGUUCAGACCAGCGUGCUGCUGUGCAGGUGACCAAUUCUUCAGCUUCGUCUGACUGCGAUGCAAGAAGUGUUUGUGACGAGCAGUAGACGAAGAUAUGGGAAUGAAGAUUGGUUACCUGCCAGCCACAGACUUCUCAGUGUUGCUUGUGGUUUGAACAUGUCGCCCCCGUUAAAAGAGUAUUCCACCAAUUUAGACUCAACAAAAGAAAGGAUUGAAAUUAGUCCAAACUGACGCAACAGAAGCAGAGAUAUUGUCUUUAAUCAUACAUUCAUCUGUCUUGUUAGUAUCUGCCAACAAUACCUAUUAAGCAGCUUCAUCACCAACCACAGGUCUCAGUUUGAAGCGUGUUUUUUGAGCUUCGUGUAGAAAUGACGAGUCGGCUGUAAAGGUUUGGUGACCUCACCCUCAGAUUGUUCUAGUUUUCAAACACUAGCCCAGCAAAUCUCUAAACGGACAGCGAUGUGUAAAAUCGUUCCUCUUUGAAGUUGUCGAUACUCCCUCUACCUGCUGGCUGUGUCAGUUAUUCAUGUCAGCCUUACUACGUUUUGAAAUGCCCGUACAUUUAUCUUCUUGGGUAACUUGGGGUUAUUUUUCUACAGUAAAUCCCGGGAGCCACAACGUUACCCCUGUGUACUGAAAUCCUAAUUUCUAAUGUGUAUAUUUUGCUGAAAUGAGAGUUGAAUUAAUCGUUGGAUAAUUACUGACAGCUUUAUUGACGGCAUUUAUUCUCCAAAGUUCUGUCAUUAAAAUUUGUUUCCAUUUCAGUCAUUUGGCUAAGCUGAGAUAUAAAACGCUAUCACUGUUAGUCCUCCCUUGUGUCGAACCAGUUAAAAGGUUUCUAUGGAUGAUGGAACAACUUUGUCGUGUACUGUAUUUUGUUGUGUGACAAAUGGAACAAAUGCAGCAAUUAAACUGCUGGAAAGAUUUUA